CCCACUCUCAGGCAGCAAAUAGCACAGAAGACAAGCCAGGCCUGCCAGCAUAAAGACAAAAAAUAAAAAAUACAACAGCCUGCAAAGAGUAGUUUGAUAUCAAAUGUGACAUCACCUCUAUUCAGAAACCUCUAAAUCCUGGCCCUGGAUAACCUCAGGACUCCUGUCUGUGAGUUGGUCGGGCCAGCUGCUCAGGGAUGGAACUGGUUUAAGACACUGGUCAACAUGGAAAAGAAAGGCCUCUACAAACGGAGCAAAGCCAAUAAGCUUUCUCUCUAUGCUGACAUCCGGAACAAGGGACCAUGGAUGCUGAGGUGCCGGACUCAACUCAGGCAGAGCAUGGGUCACUUCUGCUCAGGCAGCUGGAGAGGAUGAGAGUGGCCGAGGAGCUCACUGAUGUGGUGCUCCUGGCAGAGGGGAUUCCCUUUCCUUGCCACAAAGUUGUGCUGUCUGCAUUCAGUCCUUACUUCCAGGCCAUGUUUACUUGCGGUCUGAAGGAGACCCGUGGAGGAGAGGUACCACUCAGAGAUACUCCUGCUCAGAGCCUGGAGCUGCUACUGGACUACAUGUACCGUGCUGAACUACCCCUUUCUAAUGACAACAUCCAGGGAGUGGCUGCUGCUGCCUUCCUGCUCCAUGUAGAUGGAGCCUUCAGGCUGUGUCAGAGCCACAUGGAGGCCCGUAUGGACCCCUCCAACUGUGUUGGUCUGUACCACUGGGCCAGAGACCUGGGGGCCACUAGUCUGGCUGACUGUGCCUUGAGAUACCUCUGCCAACACUUUGCACAGGUUUGUGAGGAAGAAGAAGUGCUGGACCUGGAUGCCCAAAGUCUUGGGGAUCUGCUGGGCUCAGAUGACCUCAACAUAUCGCAGGAGGAGGUUGUGCUGGAGCUGGUGCUGCGUUGGGUGGAGAGGCGAAAUGGGGACUCGCAGUCAGAAGCCCAGGCUGUGGAGUUACUCAGGCGUGUCAGACUGGAGCUUGUGGACCCUGGAUUCCUCCGCAAAGCCAGGAGGAGAAACCCGGUAUUGCUGCGGGAUGCUGAGUGCUUCGGGAUGAUAGACGCUGCUCUACAGACCUCAGGCCUCUGUGAGACAUCAGCUCCACCUCGCCCAGCUCUUCGCUACGGGAUGGAGACCACCGACCUGCUGCUCUGUCUGGGUGGGGUUAAUAAGGAGGGAGUGCCCGCCCGCCGUGGUGGACUUGCUGAUCUCAGUUUUUGCUUUGCCCCCCAUGUUAGAAAGACUUACUACAUCCCCUCUCCACUGAGGGGCUGUGGAGGUAUGGGACAAAUCACAGCGGGGGCAGUGACACGAGACAACACCAUAGUGGUGGCCGUAGAGGCAGUCGACCAGCACAGGAUGAAGAGGGUGGAUAUUUACAGGUAUGAUGAUUCAGAGGAGAACAGCUGGGUGGAGGUGUGCUCAGCAGCCUUCAGGGACAUGUAUGCUUUAGGGCUGGUAGGCGAUGCCCUUUAUAUGAUAGGGGGUCAGAUGAAAGUGCGCAAUCACUACGUCAUCACAGACAGUGUGGAGAGGUGGUCGCUGAAGAGAGGAGGCAGCUGGCUCAGCUUCGCCCCUCUGCCUCUCCCUUUGGCCUGCCACUGCGCCGUGAGCCUGAAGGAGCAUCUGUAUGUGAUGGGAGGCUGGACACCACAGGAUCAGCCUGAUGAUGAGCCUGACAAGCUGAGUAACCGUGUGUUUCAGUUUGACCCUGGCAAGGACAGGUGGACAGAGUGUUCCAGGAUGAAGUACUCCAGGUACCGCUGCGGCACGGCUGUUCUCAAUGGAGAAAUUUACAUAUUAGGUGGUAUAGGAUGUGACGGAGAGGACCGUGGACAGUCGCGUCGCUGUCUGAGCUCUGUGGAGAUCUAUAACCCAGACACAGACACCUGGAGGGCGGGACCUACCCUGCCCACGUCCCUACUCUCCCUCCGAACCAACUCCUCAAAUAUAGGAGUAGUGGAGGGGAAGCUCUACCUCUGUGGAUACUACAAAGGGGCCGGACGUCAUGAGAUCAUCACCAAGGAGAUUUUGGAGCUGGACCCAGCGGACAAUGUGUGGACAGUGGUGGAAAGACGAGCAGCCAUGCACGACAGCUAUGACGUCUGUCUGGUGGCUAACCUCAAUCCUCGAAACCUGUUUGCACCCUAAUGCAUCUCCUCCUGACUCUGAGCAACAAUGCUAGGGGCCAGGAUGUGUGGAGACAAAAAAGCCUCUGUCUUAUAAACCUCACACAGCUUUAUCCAAACUUGGCUCAACUCUGGGAUUUCAUGCAUCUCAACAGCGAGAUUGAUAAACAUGUGAAAUCUGGGUGUCUAGUCGGUCCCUGUUGCUUUGAUGAGCAAAGGAUAUUAGUCUAUACCUUCCCAAAAAAGGCAAUACUCUGUGUGUCCUUUUAAACUCGCAUGUAAAAUGUCUGCAAGGAGCUUUUUCCUCUUUAAUCUAUAAUCUCUGUAAUCUAAACUGUAACCUUCAGCAGAUUCUCAUAACUAAACAACAAAGUUGGUUAGUUUCUUUGAAAAUGACCCAAAUAACCUUUAGAAAAAUGAUUUGUGUGUGUUUUCUCAUCUUUCACCGCUAUGGUUAAAGUUUGGUUGAGUCUGAUUGAGCAAUUCAAACUACUGGACUCAGGUUAGGGAAAGAUUUUGGUCAUGGUUUAAAUAAAUCUGUCUUCUGCUCAUAGGAAACAAGUUGCAAACUGCAGUAUCUGAUGUUGCAGCCAGGAGACAGUUAGUUUAGCCUAAUGUAAAAUCAGGUCACUAACCAGGUCCAUAGGUAAAAAAAAAAUCCAUGUCAGCACCUUUAAAGAAGAAGAACCUUUCAAAUUAGCUUUCUAUGCCCUUUAAACUGUUUUAAGGACUCUUGUUGUGGA